GAAGAGGAACUGGAAUUGGCCGUUGUUGUUCAAUCAUGGUAGCGCUGGGGAGGGGAAGGGAGGAAAGUGCCAGUAAGCAGAAUUAUACAAGCACUGGGCGGCUACUUAACACAGGGAACGCAAGUACGUGGACAGGCGCAUAGGACUGAGUGGCGCUAUUGGGAUCAUGGGCGAGAAUGGCCCUCUCACUGAGACAGCCAUGUUCUUUGACGAAGAUGAAGAAGAGGUCGACAAGCUUGGCCGAGAUGAGGAUGACGAGGACAAAAUGGCUGAUUCGGACAAAGAGGGCGACCUGAUACCUGAACCCUCUUCCUCCUCAGGAAGGGUGUAUGACCGCACCACGGUUCUCAUAGAGCAGGACCCUAUCCGUCUGGAUGAGGAGGGAGAGGAGGAUGGCCACUGUGGGCCAGAUGAUGAUGGCAUGGCGUUUCUGGCCGAUGGGGAUGGAGACGAGGAUGGGUCCCUGGCCUUCAUGGCUGACCCAGACGGCAUGUCACAGGGCUACGUGCAUCACACCAUCUCUCCGGACCAGAUCCAGUUCAUCAUUAACCCUGGUUCCACCCCCAUGCCCCGUAACAUUGAAGGAGCCACGCUCACUCUGCACUCAGAAUGCCCCGAGACCAAGCAGAGAGAGGUAAAGAGGUAUCAGUGCAUGUUUGAAGGCUGCACGCGCACCUACAGCACGGCAGGAAACCUGCGGACUCAUCAGAAAACGCACCGUGGUGAAUACACCUUUGUGUGCAACCAGCAGGGCUGUGGCAAAGCCUUCCUCACUUCCUACAGCCUAAAGAUCCAUGUUCGAGUCCACACUAAAGAGAAGCCCUUCGAGUGUGACGUGCAGGGCUGUGAAAAGGCCUUCAACACGCUCUACAGGCUGAAAGCACAUCAGCGACUUCACACGGGGAAGACGUUUAACUGUGAAUCAGAAGGAUGCACAAAGUACUUUACCACACUAAGUGAUUUGAGGAAGCACAUUCGUACUCACACCGGGGAGAAGCCAUUUCGGUGUGAUCAUGAUGGCUGUGGUAAGGCGUUCGCUGCUAGUCACCAUCUGAAAACACAUGUGCGGACACACACUGGAGAGAAGCCUUUUUUCUGCCCUAGUGAUGGCUGUGAGAAGACAUUCAGUUCACAGUACAGUCUGAAGAGUCACAUUCGGGGUCAUGAUAAAGGCCCACCACACACAGUUAACCUCAGCCAUCCUCUGUCAGAGGAUGCGAAUCACUCACUGUGCCUCAGUGAUUUGAGCCUCAUUUCCACAGAUUCUGAGCUAAGGGAGAAUGUCAACAAUUCACAGAGCUUGGAACUGAAUAACGUCACUCCUGCGAGGAUAUUUGAGCUGAUGUUCCAGAGCCCUGAAAACAGUGUCAGUCAAGAUGAUGCACAUCCCUCCGAUAACCUAGUGGAGGCUUUUGGCUUGGAGACACCACCACAGCCAGCUGUGGCAGACACAUCUGCUCUGCUUUCAUACUCUCAGCUGCCUUCAUCCUCCUCUUCUACUAACUCUCUCAACACCCCGGUCCUAGAGAACUCCGCUCAGGCUGGCGCAUCCUCCUCUCAGGCAGGCUCUGCCAGCAACUCCACGCAUACUCCUCCACAGUCGGCCACCUUUCCCUCGGUUCUCCAUACCUCACUACAGACACCAGAAGUGCCCGCUCCCCCUGUACCCGGUGUUACCCAACACUUUGCGCCUGUUAUGCCCCCAGCCACGGCUAACUCCCUGCUGACCUCCGCCUCUUCUGUGGUCAGCAUCCCCAAUCCUGCUUCAGCGACGGCCAUCACCACAGCGGCAGCGGCAGGUGUAACGCAAACAGUGCCUUUAGCAGGCAACGCCAGCCUGGCACCCACAUCUACCAUCACCAUUGCCCCCACGCAGGGUCUCCUGCAGCCCAGCCUCGUCAUGUCUGACCAGAACCUGCAGUGGAUCCUCAGCAGUGCUGCCAAUGCACAGCAGAACCCUGAACAGCAGGGCCCAAAAGUGGAAAAGGUCUUCUUUACAACAGCCAUACCUGUAGGUGGACAUUCAGGGAACCCUGUGCAGCAGAUAGGCCUUAGUCUCCCAGUCAUUAUAAUUAAGCAGGAGGAAGCUUGCCAGUGUCACUGUGCCUGCAGAGACUCAGCUAAAGAAAGGAGCUCCAGCCACAGUGCUGCCUCCUCACAGCAGGAGCCUACAGACACCUCUCCUCCUCCUCCUCCUCCUCCACCACCACCACCCCCACCACCAUCACCACCACCUCCAGAAACAUCACAGUGCUGUUCCUCCAAGAUGAACCCUACUCUUCCCCAGGCACAGAUCCAGCCUGGAAAUCCCUCUGCCUCGACUCAGACAUUCCACAGUGAGGCUAUAACUUCCAACACUCCCACAGACAGCCUGGCCAAUGUGGAUGUGGUAGACCUCCUCAGUCCUGAAACCACAGCCAAGAUUGAGGCUCUACUCAUGGUCGCUGAUGACUUCUCCAUUGGUGAAGGUAGCAGUGAUGCCACUACCUAAAGAAAGUUAAGGAUCACCACUUCUCUCCCUGAUUUGAGUUUUAACUAUCUCUUUAUACCUUAUGCAGUUUUGAUCUGAUGCAUAAGAACAUGCUCUAUAAACCAGGGGAUCAGACUUCUCAGAGUAAGAAUCUAUCUAGGAUCAGCUUGGCUCUUGCAUAUUCUUUUAGAUCAAACAUUGGGAGUUAAUCCUAGAUGCUUAAUACAUGUGAGCCUUCAGCUAGGAUUUUAGUCACGGUGCAUUCUGAUUAAUUUCAGUAUGUGCUUUGUGCAUACUCUGACAAUGAAAUUUCCCCACUGAAAACAAUACAUUUGUAGGUAGUCAUUUGUUUGGAGUUAUUUCACCUUUUGCACUGUAUCACAACAGUCCUUCCUGGCACCCUUAUGAUGUGUUAAUGGUCUGUUCAGAUCACCUUAACAAUCCUAAUGACCUGGCAGUCAAAUGGCCGAUAUCAGGGAAAGUGAGAUGCGACUAAACAAACAUGGACCGUAAAACAUGCAAAGCAUAGUAAAACAGACAUGUACUAACUCAGCUUUUACAAAAAAGCAAUAUUGUAAAUCUUAAAUAUUCAAAAGAAUAAAACAUUUUGUCAGUGUGAAUCAGACUAUUUAGUACUGAGCAGAGUAGGAGGUUUUAAAAGGUACAGGACUUAAAGCACUGAGGGCUUUUGAACAGAACAAAAUAUUAUAGACCUUAACCAAGCUUAAUGAGAUUUGUCAGCCACUCACACUAAAGUGAAAAUUUUAGGUUGUGAAAGUGUGAGCAAACUUAAUUGGCAUAUGCAGCACUUUGAAUGGAAAAAUUAAGUCCUUUUGGUUAAUAGUCAUUCAAGCCCAGCACAUGCUGUAAGUUAUGAAUAGUAUAUUAUUUUACGUAAUUUAUUAGAAAAGACUACAGUAGCCCAAGAAAUGUGAUGCUAAUGUAAUCUUGAAGCAGUUUCUGUCAGCAGAAAGAAAUGACAAAUUGCUUGCCUUUAAAAUGUAACUGAUAGGUAUGUUUGGUUGGCUGCCUGUAACUAGUAUUUAAUUUUUUAUGUAUUAAUUUAUUGAAAUACUUAAUUUCUCUUAUUAGAUCAAUGCAGUACACAUUUUCCAUAACCUAGUCUUUUUUCACCUAAACAUGGUGGACCAAUAUAUUUUCUUUUUCUUUGUAUAUUUUCAGUGGAGUCAAAUUGUAUAACAUUAUACUUUUCUUGCCUUUGGGGUACACGUCAGGCGUGUUAAUGGUUUUGGAGUUACCCAGCCUGUCCCUGCUUUUAUUGUUACUGAGUUGAUUUGAGCCUUUAUUUUUCUUUUUCUUUUUUCUUUAGACCCAUGUAAGUCUCACUGUUGUGGCUUGCUCAGGGAUAUAGAAAAUCAAAGCGGAGGUAUACAUGUCUGUGCUGUCCCUGAAAUGACAUAAAAAUGAACAUCAGUACUGUAGAAGUGUGGUCUCUUGCAUCAAACCUGCCUGUGCAUCAACCAAGCCAAGGUUUAGAAAACAUAACUGGUUAACUUGCCUGCACCCAUAAGCCCCACCACCAUGUUUAUACACCACUGCUGUACGGAGACGUUUUAAGGAAUGGAUUAUAAUGUAAAUAUAAUGUAGUACAUUUGAAAUUAGAAGUGUUUAAGCCCUUAGAUUGUAUUUGUAUUUUUGUAUAGAACUAUGGGGGGCGAUCACACUUUGGGUUUGAAAUGGAGGACAUGACCACUGCACUGCCCUUUUUCUUUGCAACCCAUUUGUCAGCAAAUUGCAAUGCAGUAUUCUUUUUUUUUUUCCUUUUUUAGACCUUAGUCUACAUGUGUUGUGCACUAUGACAUGCAAGAGUUUACUGUAAUCUCCCCAGUAUCACCUGCAGAACAAAACAGCCUUACAGUUUUGAGGUGGAGUGCUUCAUUUUCAUUGAAGGUUUUUCCAUGUUUGAGUCACCACAAAACUUCAUGGUCCUCACUAACAUUUGAUGAAAUGCUUAUUAUAACAUGACAUACAGGAAGAGUAAAUUGCAGAUUUUUUUCUGCUUUUCUAGCCAGUGCCAAGAAAUGUUAUUUUUUCAUAGAAAAAAAGUCACAUUGGUCGUAAUGCUAGUUCUGAUAUGUCUGCCCAUUCUCACGUUUGCAGUCUGUUAUUGUUAAGCUACAGUUCACAGUGUGUAUGUUGAACACAUUUGGGCGCAUUCUAGGUAAACUAAUUAAGAUUUCUGUAGUACACUGAAAAUCCACAGCUGUUGACACCAGCUAAACAUUCUGCAUGUUGUGCCAUGUCCAUUGCCUUUUUAGGAAAGAUGUGGUAUUUGGGGAAAAAUUACUUAAGACAAGCUGCUUGCUCCAGACAGCAGCAUCUCUCCCAGAAACCUUUGCUUUGUGUGAACUCUGUUUACAAAAAAUGUGUUUUGUUUAUGCUGAAUACCCCAUUCUGUUUCCCUUGGUGCUUUGUAAAAUGCAGGAUUUAGUCAAGGCAGAUGCGCACUAAUUUUGGCCAUAAUAUCAGUUUAUAGAAUGAUCUAUGCAAAAAGAAAACUCCCCCCCCCCCCCCCCCCCCACAUAUUUCAGACCACAACACUCAAUCUUUAGCUCCCUUUGUGAACCCUUUGCUUCAGUAUUUAGUCACUGUUAUGCAAGUUACCACUUGUUCAAAGAAACUGAUUAAGAGUCUAAUUGCAAUGAAUAUUCAGCAUGGACUACAAAAGGUAGUUUCUAAAGGAGGCUUAAAGUAGACAGUCACUAGUUGUUAUUUUUAUGGUUUAGUUUUGUUGAUUUAAUAAUGACUGACUGUGUUGUAUUUUAUUAUGCAGAUGGGCAUUGUAAUCUUUUAAUAUUUGUCUUUCCGCAAAUGGUGUGUGGUACCCCAGACAUCACUAUUAAUGCAUGUCAACCAACAAGCAGAUCUCAAGUUUCUAAGUUGACAUAAUUCUGUUGUAAGAAUUGUCACUGAGUUUUUUGGAUUAAGUUUACCUUUUGGUUUAAGAUUAGUUUGUACAUACAAUAUCACUUUUCCACAAUAGAGUGCAAUGAAAUGAUGAAUCACAAAAAUAGCUUGUCAUUUAUCCUAAAUUGUGAUUUAACUGCAUUUGUGAGAUCAGUUUAAGAAGUUGUCUCAGAUGAGUAUGAAUUGGUCCUUCUGGGCUGCAUUUAAAAUAAACUGCUGAGUUUAUCUUUCAUUUGUCAAGUCAACCAACUGAAUCAUCCACUGGUUCUUCCUUUUUUUUUUUUUUAAUAAAUAAGUCCAGCUUUCUCAGACAGAUAACUCAGUGGGACAUUUAUUCAGAAGUUCUCGCUGAAGCAGAACACAGUAGCAUGCUAUGGGUUGUGCAAAUCAGAGCAAAAGUGCAAAGGGUUAUCAGAUGGGGAAAUGCUUCCAAAAGAGUGCUUUUGAUACCCAAAGUGUGAGGACAAAAUAUAAAGGAUCUGUAUUUUUAAGGAAUGUAUAAUGUGAAUUCUCAUAUGCUUGUUUUGUAUAAAGUAUUAUGUAUUAUGGCAAAGUAAUAACUUUUUGAAUUGAAUUAAGCAAUAUAAUAUCAGCGAAA